UUGAGAUUUUACCAAAAAUUUUGGAAGGAAUAAAUAAAGCAAAGAGUCGGGUUCAUGGAAUGAGACCUAUUGACGUAAAUUUUCAAAAUGCUCAAGAGGUGUGGAAAAGGAUUUAUGGUGAUGAAUUAUCUACAAAAAUUAAAAAGGCAAACCCCAAAUUUAAAAAAGGAGAUUUUGUACGUACAAGUAUAAAUAAAGGGACAUUUGAAAAAGGAUACAUUCCAAAUUGGGGGGAUGUAAUAGCGGAAGUUGACAAAGUCAAAGACAAUUCUAGACCAAUUCGUUACAAAUUAAUAGAUGAUAAAGGAGAUAAGUACAAGGGAUCUUAUUACAACGAAGAACUUACAAAAGUAAAAAAAGAUGCGGGUACAGAGUAUAGGAUUGAGAAGAUUUACCAAAAAAGAAAACGGGCAGACGGCACCUAUGAAGUACUUGUAAAAUUUAUUGGCUAUCCUGAGAGAGAAUGGAUACAUGAGAGUCAAUUAGUAUAA